AGUCAGCAUUGUGUACCAGUUUUUUGAGGAGCAUUUCCCUGAAUUUCACAAAAAGUGUAUAGGAUUUGAAUCGUGGACUCAGCUUUUAAGGCCAUGAAUGGUCUAGUUCCAGCCUUAAUUUCCAAUAUUGAUCCUUUACAAUCCUUUAAAGUCCUCCAAUGAGCUUGACGUGGUUUUUACCUUGGUCUAAUUUUGAAAUCAAAGGGUGAUCAAUCUUUUACUGUUGUUGGUCCCAUAUGGAAUACUCUCCUAUUUUAUGUUAGAUCUGAUGUCUGCUUUUAAAACCAGAAUAAAAACUCACUUUUAUAUACAGGCUUUCCCUGGGUUGUAUUUAGUCACUUUUGUCUUUUGUUGUUUCACCUUUAUUGCUUUUAUAUGUUUUAGCCCUUUUAACUCUCAUUCUUUUACUCUUUUAUUUUUAUCGUCAGUUAAUUUACCUCAAAUGGAUAGCACUUUCGUACAACACCUGUUGUUUUGAAAUGUGCGAUAUAAAUAAAAGUGACUUGACUUGACGGUCAACCCUUAACUUUGCCUGAGUCCCCAAAACAGUUUUGUUGACUGCAAACAAGUUGGUGCUUUCUGAGUAGUGAUGUUUUGGUGGAGCCUGUGAGGCUGAAAGGACGUGGGCAGUCAAUAGAGUGUAAUGGGCGUGUAUAGUGACUGCUCGCAAGUCAGGUGGCCAGGUAAGCUGUGCCAGGCCAUGAAAGCACUUAAGAACUGGUUGGUGGUUAGAGUUGGACCAGUUCUUCUGGUCUUGCGGUUGACCAAUAGCAUAGUGGAGUUGACAACCUCAGGUAUGGUGUCAGGAGCUGAGAAGGUUGUAGCGAUGUACAGGUCAUAGAGGGAGAGCGUUGAGAUACAGCUUUGAAGUAUACUACACUUAGAAAAAAAAGUAACAGAGAGGGGUUCCUCUUUUGUUCAAGGAGAAGCCUACUUCUGACUUUGUCUGGUUCCACCAUGCCGCUACGGCCGAGAGCGCUCUCGCAGCCUGGCAGGGCCAGCUCCUUCCUCGGCUUCAAAGCGGCGGAGGUGAGGCCGCGGGCGAUGUCGACGCGCUCCAAGUCCAUGCUGGAGGACGAGCUGUCGUGCCCCGUGUGCUGCGAGAUCUUCACCGACCCCGUGGUGCUCAAGUGCAGCCACAGCUUCUGCAAGAGCUGCCUGCAGCAGUUCUGGAACAAGAAGGCGUCCAAGCGCGAGUGCCCGGUCUGCCGUACUAAGUGCUCGUUGCAGGAGCCCACGGUCAGCCUGGCCCUGAAGAACGUUUGUGACACCCUGCUGAAGGAGCAGGGGAUCAAGGGCUCGGGAGGGGGAGCUGAGGGCGCAGGGGCCAGUGGAGGUGCUGGUGUUGGAGGGUUGAUAAGGACUGAGGAACUAUGUCCAAUACAUGGAGAGCCUGUCAAGCUGUACUGCCAGGAGGAUGCCGAGGUGCUGUGCUGCGUCUGCCAGACAUCUAAAAAGCACCAGGGACACAGUGUCUGUCCCGUGGAGGAGGCUGCCCAAGACCUGAAGGAAGAGAUGAAAAAAGAUGUGAUGCCUUUGAAGAAAAGUCUUCGUGGGUUCUAUGAGGCGAAACAGCAAUGUGAUGACACAACAGUACACAUACAGAAUCAGAGGCAGAGGACGGAGAGGCAGAUAAGGGAGGACUUUGCAGAAAUGUACCGGUUCCUUCAGGAGGAGGAGGCUGCCAGGAUUGACUUACUGCAGGGGGAAGAGGAGCACAAGAGGCACAUCAUGAAGAAGAAGACAGACAGCAUUACACAGGACAUCCUCACACUCUCUCACGCGGUCAUCGCCGUCGAGAACCAGAUCGCCUCCAGUGACACCCAGUUUCUUCAGAAUUACAAGAAUACCACCAAGAGGGCCCAAAUUGCAAAGCAGGUGCCAGAGAAAGUUCCUGGAGUGCUGAUGAACGUUGCCAAGCACCUUGGGUCUCUAAAGUACAGAGUCUGGGAGAAAAUGCAGUCUAUUGUGGAAUAUACUCCGGUGACGCUGGAUCCCAACACGGCCUACAGCUGGCUCACCCUCAACCGAGACCUGACCAGCGUGACUAACAGUGGCGUGGUGCAGCAGCUGCCAGACAACCCCGAGCGCUUCGACCACUUUGUGUUUGUCCUGGGCUCCGAGGGCUACGCCGGCGGCCGGCACGCCUGGGAGGUGGAGGUAGGCGAGAAGCAGGACUGGGUGCUGGGGGUGGUCAACCAGUCCGUCGAGAGGAAGGGCACGAUCUCAGGCUGCCCCGAGGGCGGCUUCUGGACCAUCUCGUACUCGGACGGCGAGUACACGGCCAUGACCAGUUCCCGCACGCCCCUCUCCAUCGACACACCGCUGAAGAGGGUGAGGGUGCAGCUGGACUACGAGGCGGGCGAGGUCAGCUUCUCCAACCCUGUGGCCAUGGCGCCGAUCUACACGUUCACGGACCAGGCCUUCACCGAGAGGAUGUUCCCUUUCCUCUGCCCCGGAGCCAACAUCAAAGGCAACAACUCCAGCCCACUGAAGGUGUGCCCUGUAAAGGUAGCUGUAUGGAACAGCGCCACCUGGUGACUUUAAUCACUGCACCUACUUAAUGUGACUUCAAGUCCAUCCUUUACACUGAUAUCACGUGUGAUAGAUAUGUGAGUUGAUAGGCCUA